CGGUGAGGAGGAUGUGGUGAAGGGAGAGGUGAGGUGGUGAGGCAAGAGGGAGGCGAAGAGGUGAGGAGUUGGUGAAGAGGUGAGGGAGGUGAGGCAAAGCGGCGAGGGAGCAGAGAGGGAGCAGUGAGGGAGGAGGUGAGUGAGGAGGCGAGGGAUGUCGCGAACGGCGCUCGCGCCUCUCCCGCUCCGCCACCUCCGCCUCGCCGCCGCGGUCGCCCUGGCGCUGCACCUCCUCCUCCUCUUCGCGCCACACGCCUCGGCCAAGAUCGUGCGCGGCUCCGUGCGCGCGCCCGAGGACUGGCUCUUCCUCACGCGCUUCUGUUUUCUGACCGACUAUGGAAAGAUGGAAUUCCUCUUCCGAUACCCUGAGGCGCUAUGUUGCCAGAACGUGCUGCUGUACUUUGACGACCCGUCGCAGUGGCCCGCCGUCUACAAGCAGCCCUCGCAGAGCUGCCAGCAGAAGGAACAGGUCCUACGGCCAGAAAACAACCAGGUGAUCAACCUGACGACAGAGUACACCUGGUCGGGCUGCGAGGUCGUGGAGGGAAUGUUGGAGUGUCGAGGCUCGCGGAGUUUCCGCUCGGUGCGUGAGCGCUGGUGGUACAUCGUGCUGAGCAAGUGCGAAGGUGGGGGUUUGGUCGUGGACUUUGAGCUCACGCUGACCAAUGGAGACUCCUUCUGGACUCGGCACUUCUCUGCGGACGAGUUCGGAAUCCUGCAGGCAGACAUCACGUACCUGCUCGUCUUCUCGGCUGUUCUCGCUGUGUCUUGCUACUUUGCGGACUUGCUGAGGAAGCGUCAGCUCUUCCACUCCACAUACAAACUGUUCAUGGCGGCUGCGGGGAUGCAAGUGCUGAGCCUCCUACUGAUGUGCAUCUACUGGGGAGGGUACGCACGCACGGGCAGUGGGAACCAGCCCGUGCGCGUACUGGGUAAGUUGCUCUUCUCAGCCAGCUUCCUCACCUUCCUGCUCCUGCUCAUCCUGCUGGGGAAGGGCUUCACGGUUACGCGGGGCCGCAUCAGCCACGCGGGGGUGGUGAAGCUCACCGUGUACAUGACGCUCUACACCACCACCUACGCCAGCCUCUUCAUCUACGAGGCAAAGUGGUUUGACCCGGGCCAGGUGCUGUACACCUACGAGUCUCCCGUGGGCUAUGGCCUCAUGCUGAUGCAGCUGACGGCCUACGUGUGGUUCUGCUGCUCCGUGUACCGCACGCUGCAGCGCCACCCCGACAAGCAGCGCUUCUAUGUGCGCUUCUUCGUCGCCUACACUUUCUGGUUUUUCUCGGUGCCGGUCGUGGCUCUAAUCGCGAACUUUGUGAUGGCGAAGUGGGAGCGCGAGAAGAUGGUGAACGACAUCCAGCUGGGCAUCCACCUCUACGCCCACGCCGUCUUCUUGGUGAUGACCCGGCCGUCCGCCGCCAAUCGGAACUUCCCGUUCCACGUGCGCACCUCCCAGAUCGGGGCGCUGGGAGCGGCGCUGCCCGGGGACGAGUGCGCGUUCGCGCAGCACGCCUACGGGCCCGGCGCGCGGGGGGGUGGCGACGCGCGGGGGGGCGACUCGCUACAGCAGCAGCAGCAGCAUCACGCCUACAGCAACGGCAACUUCGUGUCCGACUCGGUGGGACCCAACCUCACCGAGCUGUUCUGCGUCUCCGGCUCCAAGGGCGCUCUGUUCGCGCCGGGGGGCUCAAUGAGCAGCUUCGUGGAUCUGGGCUCCCCCGUGGCCGAAUCCUCCGAUCCCGGGACCCCAAACCCGGACGGGAGCCCCGCGGGGAGGGCCCGGGGCCCCACCAGCCUCCCCGCCUAACCUGGGUGGCAGGGGCCCUCCCCUCGCACGCGUCUCACGGAUAACGCGCACGGAACACAGACAACACGGAGAUUACGGCGUCGGUCUCUCUUACCGGCCGGAUAGAAGGUGCUCCUUUCAGAGCCGGAUCACACCGGCGGCGUCACCCGCGGCGUCACCGCCGGAGUUUUUGUGCCAAAACCGCCGGGCCCCGCGGCCCCCGGGGCUGCUCGGGGCCAGGAGGUGGGGGUGUGCGGGGGGCCUGGCUCGGCGGGGGGCUCCGAGGGUUCCACCGCUGGCGUCGCCAUGGCAACGCUCUCGACGCGCGAUCGUCCGGGAUGGCGACGCGGUGGUCGAGCGGUAGCGCAGCGAUUUUGCCGCUCGUUGCGGAGGUUAGCGAUACCAGCCCCCGUGGCUGCCCCCCCCCCCGGUUAAUACUGCGGUGCGUAUUGAGCAUUAAUAAUUCUGCGCGCCGUCUGAUUUAUAGCAGACGCGUUAAAGAUCCCGUGGUGUUAUUCAAAAUAGAGUAGUGUGUGUAUGCCAGCGUCAUGGUCCAAACUUGAUAACAUUUAAAAAAAUAUAAAUAACUCGUCAAAGAAUUUAAGCCACAUAGCGACGUUGCUCCCUACUGUGAAACAACUCCAGGCUGUGUUUUAGAAACACAGCAGCACCUUGCUUGGCGACGAUUGCCCUGCUGCACUGCGGGAUGGCGCGAACACCAAGUGAUGUAGCGUGGGGUCAGGGGUGAAAUGUGCAAAGCAAAUGUGAAUUCCUUUACGAAACAAUAUCUUGUUGACCUACAUAUAAUACUCAGCCCCAUCAUUCCUCUGGGGGUCGAUACAAUGCGCUCCCGGUGGCUGGGAUUUUUCGCGAUGCUGAGUUCGCCAACCGAUUCGCGACCUGCCUCUUCGUGGCGAGUGGCAGCGCCUCUCGUGGUUGCAGGGCUCACGCGAGCAACGUUACGCCCCGCGAGCGGAUUCCGAUGCACGCACGACGCGGCGCUCGUCGUGGGCUUGCGAGACAUUCGCUGCGAGUCAAAAUAUCCUGUGCGAGUCCACUUGUCCUCAUCCUGCCGGUGCUGCUGGUGGCAGUGCUGGGGCGGUGCUGCUGGUGGUAUUGGUGCCGGUGGUGCUAUAUCAGUAUUGGCAAUGUUGUACUGCUGCUGGUGGUGAUACUGAUGGUGUUGGUGGUUGUAGUGUUGGUGCUGAUGGUUCUCGUGGGGGUGAUACUGGUGGCCGUGUUGGUAUGGGGAGCGGAAGCGCAGUGGUUAGCGCACUGCGAUACGAACCCAGAGAUCUGGGUUAGAUUCACGCUCAAGAAAUAUGAACUGGUCCUGGGCCUCCCCUAGGUCAACUCAGCCUUAACGAAUACCCUGUAUGGUGUGUAAACAGCACUGGGAGACAAAGGCGGCCGAGCGUGGCCACCCACCCCCUUGCGUGCCAUGUCGCCCUUCAUGUGUGUUCGCUAACAGCACUUGCCCCAACAGUCUGUUAUGGGCUACACGGGAGACCGUUGCUUUGGUGGGGGUGGUGACGGUGGUACUGCAGCUGAUAGUCGUGUUGGUGGUAGUGCUGCUGAUGUUAUUGGUGGUGGGGCUGUUGGUGGUGGUGUGAAUUGUGGCGCUACUGCGGCCGAUUGUUGUUGAGCUCGGCAGUAUUUUUUUGCCGGGUCGCUGGUGGCGGUUUGACUGCCGUAAGGUGGCACUUGAUUCGCAGCCACAGGUCUAGCGUCGAUAGGUAUACUGGACGUGGUGUGCCGGGUGAGAACAUAGAGCCCUGGCUAAUACUAAAAUUAAUCCCGCAUCGGUGCUGGGCUGCUGCUCGCAGAGACGCGAGGAGAGACGUGCUGGUCAUUAUUCAUCCAUUUCAAUCCCGGAUUUGAUUUUUUUCCAUCUCCUAAAUUUUCCAUGGAGAACGGCAGCGAUUUGUUAAACGCGACGGGUGAGGAGGGUUCAGCGUGUGUGUAGUGUCCACGGUUUGUGUGUGUGGGGGGGUAUUUGAGUUUGGAUCGUAUUCACUGUGUGUGUAUGGAAUAUGUGGGUUUGCAUGGCGUGUGUGUAUGGUAUGCAUCGUGUGUGUAUGGUAUGCAUAGUGUGUGUGUAUGGAAUAUGUGGUUUUGCAUGGCGCACGUGUGUAUGUUAUGCAUAGUGUGUGUGUAUGGAGUAUGUGGAUUUGCAUGGCGUGUGUGUUUAGUAUGCAUAGUGUGUGUAUGGUAUGCAUAGUGUGUGUAUGUUAUGCAUAGUGUGUGUGUAUGGAGUAUGUGGGUUUGCAUGGCGUGUGUGUUUAGUAUGCAUAGUGUGUGUAUGGUAUGCAUAGUGUGUGUAUGGUAUGCAUAGUGUGUGUGUAUGGAGUAUGUGGGUUUGCAUGGCGUGUGUGUAUGGUAUGCAUAGUGUGUGUGUAUGGAGUAUGUGGGUUUGCAUGGCGUGUGUGUGUAUGGUAUUCAGGGCGUGUGUAUGGUAUGCCCAGGGCUGUGUGUAUGGAGCGCACGGCGUGGGUGUGCACACGCGAGGUUCAUGUGUGCACAGUGCAGCCGCCGUGUUUGCCUCCCGUCUCCUGCCAUCACGCGUGCCCCGAUCUCUUUGUCCCGGUUACCCCGGCAACCAGCCAGGCGAUCGCCCCGCAGGGUCGGCACACUCCGCCGCAGGGCCGCGGUCACGCCAGCCCUGGCCCCAACCGCCGCCCCAACGCUGCGGUCGCCCUAGAGCAUUGCCCCUAAUCCCAUCUCUCACUCUCGCCCUAAUCCAACCAUAGCUCAAACUAACCGUAGCUAUAACCAUAACCCGAGCCCUGACGCUAAAUAACCGUAGGCCUUGCCUUAAACCUCGCCCUUGACCUAACUGCCACCACAGAACUAACCGUAAGCCUAACCACAACCUUAGUCCAAAUUACGUUCCAAAUCUUAUCCAUAAACCCAACCCCGAAACAUCGCCCUCGCCUAUUCAGCUGCUGGGCAUUGUGCGCUUUAGGAUGCGCUUCUGCAGCCGUCUGGAAUGCUCUGCCUUCCGAUAUUAGGAUGCUACUGGAGCUAUGCACUUUUAAAUCGAGAUUGAAAACUCAUUUUCUUGGGACUGCUUUUUGUGUUUAGUUUGUUGUCGUCCUGCACCUGCGAUAAGCACGGUUGGCUACGUACGGUGCGAAAGAAGUUCAACAUACAACCUGGCCUAGCUCGAACCCUAGCUCCUGGUAUCCCCGUGUCUCCCCAUAUCCCAGUGCCUCCUUUCCCAUUGUGUCCCUGUGUCUCCCACUGUGUCCUGUGUCUCCCUCGUAUGGUGUCCCCGUGUAUCCCGUGGGGUCCCCCCCCCCAUGUCCUGAACCAUUGGUGGUGUCCCGGUGUUUCCCUUCCCUACGGGUCCCGUGUCACGUCUGGUGGCCCUCCGGGACCGUUGUUGCUGUGCUGUGUGCUGUCUUCUUCUAUAUCGGGUGUCAAUGCGACCAUUCGUGUUUUUUCUACAUUCACAGUAUUAUACAAACAUGAGCGUGUCGUGUGCAUGCGGUGUCACUCAGUCGGUAUUUAUUCGCGUUCGCGAUCGCAGUAUUCAGCAGCGACGUGGAGUCGCUCUGCUCGCUCCCCCCGCUAGCAGUGCUCGGGUUAUUAUUAUAUUAUUAACCUUUACUGAUUUUCCCAGGAAGCCACACUGAGUGGGAAGGACUGGGUUUUUUUCUGGAGGGUUUCUGCAUUAUAUGUAUGUUUUUUUUUUAAUUAUAUUAAACAUGUGUUCAGCCGACUGAUGAGUGUUCAUGGGGCUAGCCAACUGGUUUUCCCAGGGAUUGCGUCAGCUUCCACCGUGGGACUAUAUACACAGUAUAUCCAGUGUAUAUCAUCUAUUUAUAUUCCUUUAGACUCGGACUUUAGUGAGAAGGCCAAAGGCCCAUGGAGCUAAACCCUGCCAUGCCUCCCAUCACGGGCCCUGCUCCACAGGGUCGACACCAGGCAGGCCGCCUCGUGUAGCCAACCAGACCCCAAGCACCACUGGGCCAACGUGGGAGCAUCACCACGACCACCACCACCACCACCCGCUCUGUGGAUGCGCUCCGGCGACUCGCUGCGACGUCGCCCUUCGUCCACAAGUGCCGCCGCCUGACGGGACUCGGAGACCUCCCUGCCUCCCGCGAUGUCGCUUCUGUUGAGGAUGUUGAGGCUGUUG